AUGAGACUGCUGAGGUCUAUCUCGAGCCGGGAUAUCUUGUUGAUUCUCACUAUCAGUGGUGUCGUUUUGGGUGUGAUCGGUGGUGGAUUGCUUCGAUAUUUGAAUCCCAGUGAAGAAGUCAGAAAAUUUAUUGGUUUCCCUGGAGAAUUGUUCAUGAACAUGCUCAAGGCAAUGAUUUUGCCACUUAUCGUUGCCAGCCUUAUUUCUGGUCUCUCUCAACUAGAUGCAAGUACGUCAGGAAAACUCGGCAGACGGGCUGUGUUCUACUACUCUCUCACCACUGCUCAUGCAGUUUUGCUCGGAAUUAUCAUGGUUUUAAUUAUUCAUCCGGGAGAUCCUCGAAUCAAGCAAGCAAAAGUAGCCUCCAAUGAUGAAGUUGUCGCAAUGGUGACCACAGAAGAUAAAUUUCUUGAUCUUCUCAGGAAUAUGUUACCUGAGAACAUUGUUCGAUCAACGUUUCAACAGCAGCAGACAGUAUAUGUGACGGUUAAUGCUUCAGAUGGAUCUGUGAUACAGAAGAGUAAAGUUGAGUAUUCGGAUGGAAUGAAUGUUCUCGGACUGAUCAUUUUCUGCAUUGUGAUGGGCAUUGUGAUUUCUCGACUAGGCAAACAAGCUGAGCCAUUGGCCAAAUUCUUCAUGGCACUCGACGCAGUGAUCACUAGGAUGGUGCUAAUCGUUAUGUGGUUUGGCCCUAUAGGAAUACCAUCACUGAUUGCAUGCAAAAUGCUGGAGGUAUAUGACCUUGUGGCGACAGCUCAAACUCUGGCAUUGUUCAUAAUCACCGUCGUUAUAGGACUCGCCAUUCAGUGCUUCGGAACGCUUCCUUUGAUUUACUAUGUUGGCACUCGUCAAAACCCUUACGUAUUCUUGAAAGGAUUAGCAUCGUUGCCAGUAACGUUUCGCUGUCUGGAUGAAUUGGGUGUUGACGAUCGAGUUGCAAAAUUUGUACUACCAGUUGGAGCGAUGGUCAAUAUGGUGAGAAUAUGA